AUGCAGCAGCUGAAGCUGGAGUACCAGUCCUGUGUGGAAACUGAGCAGUCAGCAAUUCAAUCCUUCGCCAAUGAUCGUAUCAAGUGUCUUCUCGCAAAGCUCACAAGCAUGUCGCCAAAAGAAAAGAAAGCAAGCGAGAGAUUGUUGAUGCAAGCGACACUUCAGCAAUGCGAUGAGAUCUUGAAGCCAUCAACUGUGGACAAAUCCAUUGUCUUUCGGAGCCUGGAAGCUCAAGUGCUGCUUCGGUUUCAAUUCUGGGCUAAACUCGGAGACAAGUUCGUCCAAUACUACAAGAAGCAAAAGCUGUCCAGAAAGAAGAACCGACGAAAGCACCAUGGUCGCAAGGAGCAGACUUCCUCCAAUCAGUUCGUGCUCAAUGAUAUCUGUGACUUGCUAUCCAUGCUGGCCAUGAAGCUGCCACAAAGCCUACCUUUUGCUGCGUUUCUCAACAGUACUCUCGAUCGCCGUCGAUACUACUCUGAUGGAACCAGCAAUCUACCGAAGGACCUUUUCCAGAAGAUUUACCGACGCUUCGAAAUCCCAGAUCCUGAGACGACAACAGAGACAGAAGAGUUUGUUGACUUUGCCGCCAUUAAAUCACCCACCAAUGCCAGAAUGAAACGGCGAGACUCCAUGGCGUCAAUUGGAAGUGCAUCGUCCUCAAAAGAGAACAUGAAUGUUCCAGAUUCCAAGCCAUUGGCGACAAAAGGCAGUGGUGCAUCAUUGCAGCAACAACCCAGACUCAAAAAGAAAGCGGCAGCACUCAACUUAGUGGCUCCUACUAAACGACGGAAUUCUCUUUUCGGGGGUCGUCGCAGCCUUCUCACUUUGUGGGUAGUCACUUCAACACUCGCUUGA